AUGGAUCUAAGGACACUAAGGGAGUUGGCAGCUCCUAACUUGACUCAGCAGCAUCUCUGCAUAACAUACCCGACGGUAGACAGUAACAGUAUUUUUGAAUUAAAAUCAGGACUAAUACACUUGUUGCCUUUUUUUCAUGGGUUAUCAGGAGAAGAGCCACAUAAGCAUCUUCAAGAAUUUGAUGUCGUCUGCACAAGUAUGAAGCCACAGGGAGUAACAGAAGAUCAAAUCAAGUUUUGUGUUUUAACAUUUCCACUGAAAGACACUGCAAAAGAUUGGCUAUUCAAUCUAACUUCCGGAAACGUCAUUACAUGGACUGACAUGAAGAGAAAAUUUCUCGAAAAGUACUUUCCCGCUUCACAAGUUGCGAUCAUGAGGAAAGAGAUAUGCGGAAUGACACAACGUACAGGGGAGUCUUUAUUUGAAUAUUGGGACCGCUUUAAUGCUUUACGUAUUCGAUGUACCCAUCAUCAAAUCGUUGUGCAGUUACGGAUUCAAUAUUUCUAUGAAGGUUUGACUUCUAUCGACAAGAGAAUCAUAGAUGCAACAAGUGGAGGGGCCUUAAUUAACAAAACUCCUAGAGAGGCGUGGGACUUACUGAACAAUAUGGCAAUGAACUCACAACAGGUCGGACCGAGAGAAACAGUAAUAGUUAAAGAAGCAAGCGAGGUGAUUUCUAUUAAACAACAAUUGACUGAACUGAUUUCAUUUGUUCAAAAAUUUAUUGUAGGGAAGGCACAAGUUAAGGCUUGCAGAAUCUGUACAAGUUCAGAACAUCCUAUGGAUAUUUGUCCUACUUUGAAUCAAGACGUAGAUGUCAGUGCUGCAAGAUUCAUCCCAAGAGCAUACAACCACUACUCGAAUUCCUACAAUCCAAGAUGGAAAGAUCAUCCGAACUUAAAGUGUGGGAAUCAACAAGCUAACUUUGGAGAUAAUUCGAGAGGAUUCCCAGCACCAAACCACCCUCCGCAACCCCCUCAAAAGAUUCCAAAUAAUUCCUUAGAGGAUAUGAUGAAAACUAUGGCGUCUAACAUAUUGCAAUUUCAACACAAAACUCAGAACAGCAUAAGGAACUUGUAA